GGUGUUAAUGGUGAUGCUCCGAGGAAACUAUCGGACAAGUUGGGCAACAUAUUCAAAACCGGGAAUAGGCAAGGAUUAAUGGAUUACAGCCGCAGCAGCUUUCGUCAGUAUUGGAUGCCAGACUCCACAGGGAAGGAAUGUUAUCAAUGCGAGGAGCGAUUUUCGACAUUUCGAAGAAGACAUCACUGUCGUCUUUGUGGUCAGAUAUUCUGUGCAAGAUGCUGUAACAUCCAUAUGCCAGGGUCUUCCCUAGGUUUGUCCAUCUGCUUGUCGGUUUUUGUGUAUUUCUCACUAGGGUUUUUUGCAGGGGCAAUUGUUGAAAAUUCUUUCGCUCCAAAUAUGAUCAAACCGCCAUCCCUACUAUGUGUCAACGACCUAUACAUAAGUCGUGAAAACCGACCCAACUCUCAAGUCACUAGUACAAAAAAUCGUUUGCGGGAUGAGGAAGAAUCCGGUCCUGAUUGGUUUCGCAAUAUGGAUCCUGAUACAAUAACUCCUGUGAAAGACGAUUUUGUAAGAUUUUCAUUUCACGUAAUAUGCCAAUGUUUUUUUUCUAAACCUUUCCACCAGAAAACUCGUGGUACUAUUGGUUGUGCGAUUGAAAGUCGCUUCGACCCUCUUCCAAUUUCUCAAACUAUAAAAGUUGACGUUGCUAAGCGACAUGAUCACAUGGAUAUUCGUCCGUAUGUGCACGUAAAAAAACUUUUUGUGAAUCAGGAUCAACCAAACGUCGAGCUUAUAUGGGGCGUGGUGUGCAAUAAAAGCGUGAUUCAUAACUCAAUGGCAGAUCCCGUGAAAGAUGCGUCUGUUAUGAUUGUAGCAGGAGAUAUAGAAUAUGAACGAGUUCCUGGACGGCUUUCUACUUUGGAACCGAUUCUUAAUCAAGAAGGGGAAUUUUUAGCCAAGCAGGUUGAACGGAUUCUAUCCCGACGUCCUUCCGUCCUGUUGGUGGAAGGGAACGUGUCGAGAUUGGCAUUGGAGUUAUUGUGCCAUGCUGGUGUACGCGUUGUGGUAAAUGUUAGCAUGCGAGUCCUCCAUAGAGUCGCACGUUCAACUGGGGCCGACAUACUGCCAAGCUCUGAUGCUCAGUUAAUCCAGCAAAACAUUGGAUUUUGCCCACACUUCUCCCAGCGAACUGUUGAGUUCAAAGAUGGACGUCAAAAACUUUUUUUGGUUUUCAAUGAAUGUCAUCCAGAUCGAGGAUGCAGCGUACUACUUAAAGGUUCAGACGCUCGGGAAUUGAAGGUUGUAAAACGUAUUCUUCUGUUUCUCAUCACGGUUCAGUAUUCUUCUCUCCUAGAGAAGGCAUUUUUAAACAUGUUUAAUGUUCGAAUGUCGCAUCAAAUCUCAAACUGUGAAGUGUGCGAGGCUCGUCGUGAAGCCGUUAACCAAAACAGCGAAAAGUCCGAUUUCGUAAAGUCCCUUAAUUCGAGCAUCUUAUCCGCUUCACCUUUUAUUUACUACGAGUCUCCAUAUCUUGAGUCAGCUAAAGGAAAAAAUUGCUCUUUGAUUCCAUAUUUCAAUCUACCAGUCUACCAUUUCUAUACGAAUGAUGAUUUUGAUGCUCGUCAAAUUGAGGAAAAAAUCGAAGUGCAAUCUAUUCCUCGUCAUAAUUAUGCCAUAAACGGAGCUCGUGAUGCUGGGAAAAUGGGCGAUUUAAACUCUUUUCGUGCUCUAGGUGGUGCAAUUUUCAAGAAGCGCCUUAGGUGUCGUCGUCUGGAAAGGUCUACUCAGACAGAUAGUAAGGUAAGACUUUUACUGAUGGCUGUGUUUGUUGUUUCUAAAGAUCUUUACCAGGAACGUCAGAGAUUGCGUCGGCACGACAUGCUGGAUCCGUAUGUACAUCAACGUGUUGCGGUGCUUUUCGGAUCAUUUUCUGGCAAGUCGCCGAACGCGCCCUACUUCUGUGUUCGCCCUUGGGUAGUCAGUAUGGAAUUUUAUGGACUCCAUGACAUGACUCUUGGAGAGUUUCUUACAAAGUUCUGCUUUAGCAAGUCCUAUGAGUGUCCCUCUUCAAACUGCGAAGUUCCAAUGCUUGAUCACUCUAGGAAACUUGUUUAUGGUCGUGUGUGCGUUGAGAUUACAACACAGAUUGUGGUCAGUAAUACAGAGGAAUCGUCUGUUAAUAGCACUUCUCAUGGACAAGUCUUUGCCUGGAACUAUUGUGGCAGUUGUAAAAUAUCUUCACCUGUCACCGCAAUGAAUAGUACCGUAUGGCAUUUAUCGUUUGGAAAAUACCUUGACUACCUUGCAUACUCAACUUUCUCAAAGGUGUGGGAUGUUUACAUAACAUGUGUUUCUAUUUAUUAUUGUUUUAAUUUACAAGUGUGGUAUUUGCAGUGUUCACACUGUUUUUUCCACGAGCUUACGCAUUUUUAUUCUCAAGGCAACUACAUUGCGAGUUUUAAAGUGACGCCGAUUCGCCCAUACAAUGUGCAAUUCUCACCGAUACAGUGCCAAAUAGUACCCAUUCAGUAUAGUAAACAAACCCUACUGGAUGGUGUGACAAGGUAUUUUAGCCUCACUUCUUUGUUAAAUAGUCAUCAUCGAGCAAAUGGGGAGUUGAGAGCUGUUGAUAAAAUGACUUUCCCUUCAAAUGACAUUUAUGCGAACGAAGCUCUAAUGUACAUCCGUGAGGCUAUAUACCAACUUAUUACUGUGUGGAACGAACAAAGCGCAUCCCUCGCAGUAUUAUUUCCGUUUUUUGUAGUUGAUGUGUACAUUUAUUCAAAGAGUAAUGAUCCUUUCCCACCCUAUUUGCAUCUCGGACUUGAGCUUAAGCCUCGAGUUGGUGUUAUCGUUAGGGACAUCGUGGACUCAAGAGGGAACUACAGACCAGACAUUGGUAGUAUCAUAGCGUAUGCAUUGUCUACAGUGAACUACGAGGAAGGAAAUUGUGCUAAAGGGUUUCAUGCCACACUUAACUCUAGUGCAACCAAUGUUGCAUUAGAAGAAGAACCUUUGGGCACCGAACACGUCGAAUUCGAGUUCCAGGACAAUCAGGCUUCUUACUAUGUUAAGGCAUAUUAUGCGGAGAAAUUUCGUCAGUUACGCAAACUAUUGUUUACCGAGGGUGAAGAAGCAUUUACGCGAUCUCUAUCUCAAAGUACAUUCUGGACACCACAGGGUGGUAAAUCUGGAUCGUUUUUCUACCGAACUCAAGAUGACCGCUUUGUCAUUAAACAAAUGUCGCGUUUUGAAAUACAGUCCUUUGUCCAGUUUGCGCCUCACUACUUCGAAUACAUAAAGACAGCAGUUGCUGAGAACAAACUGACGUCUUUAUGCAAGGUAUACGGCGUAUUUCGAGUAGGGUACAAAAGCAAAACAGCACAAAUGAAGGCGGAUAUUUUGGUCAUGGAGUACUUGUUCUACAAGUGCAAUGUCGAUCAAGUGUGGGAUCUGAAAGGUUCUCUCAGGAAUCGGUUGGACAGUACAGGAAAAAGCACGUCCGACCUUGUACUGCUGGAUGAGAACCUAAUGAAAGAUCUUUGGAACAAGCAGCUUUACAUCUACCCCCAUGCUAAAGCGGCUCUUAACCAGGCAAUCAGCAAUGAUAGCCAUUUCUUGAGUUCUCAGCAUGUGAUGGACUACUCUCUGCUUGUUGGAGUCGAUGAAACGAACGGUGAGCUGAUACUUGGUAUUGUUGACUACAUGCGAACCUACACACUAGAUAAGCGAUUCUUCACCAACGAAUUCAGAAGUUGGAGUCAUGGGUUAAGAUUGUCGCCAUCCCGGGCGUUCUCUGAUGCUAUAGACACAUAUUUUCCGGUAAUACCAGACCAAUGGACAGGUCUUGGAUCUGCAGUAUCAUACUAG